AUGGCGCUCCUCUCGGAGGACAAGCAUUUGACAAGCGGACGCUCAUCUCCCUUUUCCGCUUCACGAGGACUCGUUCAAGACCUCACUCUACCUCCGGUUCCAAAUCUAGACAUCCCACCAUCACCUCCUGGGUCUCCCAACCCAGCCGCGAACGCGAAAUUCGAGCAUUUCCUCUCGCUCAAAAAACAAGGCGUACACUUCAACUCCAAAUUGGCCAGCUCUUCAUCGCUCAAGAACCCAAGCUUGCUGAAGAAAAUGAUGGAACAUUCCGGGAUCAGUGAGCAAUCGCAAUAUGAUACAUCUCUACCAGCUGAUUUAUGGAAUCCCUCUAAUCUACCCAAAUGGGGGUUCAAGGAAGAGCUCUUGAGAACACAACUGGAUUCUCGCAAAAAGUCGGAAGAGAAAAAGGCAUCGGGCCAGCGAAGCUCGGUUAAUUUUGUCUCUGGGACUACCUGA